GUUCGUCCGGAAGAGGCGGGGCUUCCGGUUCCGGCGGGGGCCGUCCCUCGCGGCGGAGAUGGCGGCGACGGCGGCGGCGGCGGCGGCGGCCUCGGGCUCCGGAGAGCCCCGGGAGGAGGCCGAGGCCCCCGGCCCCGCCUGGGUCGAGUCCCAGUUGCGCAGCUACAGCUUCCCGACGCGGCCCAUCCCGCGGCUGAGUCAGAGCGACCCCCGGGCCGAGGAGCUUAUCGAGAACGAGGAGCCUGUGGUGCUGACCGACACAAACCUGGUGUACCCUGCCCUCAAAUGGGACCUUGAGUACCUGCAGGAGAACAUUGGCAACGGAGACUUCUCCGUGUACAGCGCCAGCACCCACAAGUUCUUGUACUACGACGAGAAGAAGAUGGCUAACUUCCAGAACUUUAAGCCCAGGUCCAGCAGGGAGGAAAUGAAGUUUCACGAGUUUGUUGAGAAACUCCAGGAUAUACAGCAGCGAGGAGGGGAAGACAGGUUGUAUCUGCAGCAAACACUCAAUGACACCGUGGGCAGGAAGAUUGUCAUGGACUUCUUGGGUUUUAACUGGAACUGGAUUAAUAAGCAGCAGGGAAAGCGUGGCUGGGGGCAGUUGACUUCCAAUCUGCUGCUCAUCGGCAUGGAAGGAAACGUGACUCCUGCCCACUACGACGAGCAGCAGAACUUCUUCGCUCAGAUCAAAGGCCACAAGCGCUGCAUCCUGUUCCCCCCGGAUCAGUUUGAGUGCCUCUACCCAUACCCUGUCCAUCACCCGUGCGACAGGCAGAGCCAGGUGGACUUUGACAAUCCUGACUACGAGAGGUUCCCUAAUUUCCAAAAUGUGGUUGGCUACGAGACAGUAGUUGGCCCUGGGGAUGUUCUGUACAUCCCAAUGUACUGGUGGCAUCACAUCGAGUCAUUACUGAACGGGGGCAUUACCAUCACUGUGAACUUCUGGUAUAAGGGGGCUCCCACCCCUAAGAGAAUUGAAUAUCCUCUCAAAGCUCAUCAGAAGGUGGCCAUAAUGAGAAACAUUGAGAAGAUGCUUGGCGAGGCCUUGGGGAACCCGCAAGAGGUGGGGCCCUUGUUGAACACGAUGAUCAAGGGCCGAUACAACUAGCCUGCCGGGGUCAAGGCCUCCUGCCAGGUGACUGCCGUCCCGUCCACACACUCAUGAUGAGGACAGGAGGCUCCGAGCACUAGUGUUGCACGCUGCACUUACGGACUGGCCUCCUGCCGUGGCCCUGGAGGCAGGUGUCUGGGGCUAGCAGGGCGGUGGCGCUCCACUCUGGUCUGGAGGGGCUUCUGACCCUGGCCUCUGGCGCCCCAGCGCCCUCCUCUUGCCCCCCAAAGUCCUGCAUUCAGUGUGUGGAGUCCCAGCUUCGGUUGUCAUCA